AUGUCUCUACAACACCUCGAAUUCGAGAUUAUUCAUGCGACUGGUUGGGACGAUAACUACCCGCCAGAGCAAUUGGUGCCAAAAGAUAAAAUAAGCGAUAGCAACAACACUGUCAAACAUGGAAAGGGAUGGCAGUCACCAAGAUUCUGUACAUAUCCACAAGAAAUAAUACUCCGCAUACGUGACGGUCCAGCCAGAAUACGCAAACUCCAAAUACUCUCCCACCAUUACAAAAUAGCGCAGAAACUAGACAUAUACGUUGGCGCAAUUCAGCGAAGAAAAGAAAUGGUAUCACCAUCACAAAACUCAUUCAAAGAAGACAAUGCGACCGUUGCUGAUACGACUGCCAUUAUCACUGCCGCCACUAUCGAAUCAGAUGAACCAAUUAUCAUCAACGACGAUCAACAAACGCAAACCGAGUUGUCAAGAGAAGAUCUGUCUUGGGAUCAAAUGCCCAAGAUCGUAGAUAAUGACUCUGAUGGUGAAGGAAUUAGUCAAGGAAGAGAUGACGAAGAGGAGGAAUAUCAUAUCGUCAGAAUGGCUGACGCUCCCUACAUCCACUUUAGGAGACUCGGAUACUGUGCAUUGGAUAGCAAUGAACGGGCCAAUUAUAAGGCACGAGAGCUGAAAUCUGUUCGAUUGGAUGCUACCGGGGAAUACAUCAGACUCGUUGCAAGACGUUUUCAUUCAAACCAUUUGAAUCAAUAUAACCAGGUUGGAGUUGUUGGUAUUACACUUAUGGGUGAGAGAGUAGAUGACUGUCUCGAUGGCGAAAGUAGAAUCAUCCCAAUCGAGAAUGCGGAUGAUGAUCCUUCAUCCCGUGUAGCAUCGCCUGAAUCAUGCGUAGUUCCUAUACUUCAAGCCUCUGUUCCUCCCUCUCCCACACUCUCAGACCCACCCAAAGAAGAUGAUGUUGUCAAUUUUGAAGACGGUAAUCCGUUCCACAGUCCAAACUUUUUGCAGAAUACAGAAGACAUGACAAAAUUGUUGGAGGCUUUUAGCAGGGCUAAAGAAACAGCUGUGAAAGGUAAAGAAGAAGCAAAAAGAGUACGGGUUGAAGAUUUCUAUUUUGCCAAGAUUUUAAAGACCUCAAUGACUAUUAUGGAAAAGGGCGCAGAAGAAAUCAUGAAAUUGGAUGCUCUGAAAAAGCAAGUUGUCAAAGAAGAAGACUAUGACAGCGCAGCCAGAUACAAGGCAUUAAUGUUUUUCAGUUAUUCUAAUUCUUCUCACCUCAUCUUGCAGAGUCAAAUCGAGGCAAUAAAAUCUACUGUUCGUGACAAGAUAAUCGAUGAAGGAAUCGAAGUCGACGAAAACGGUGAAGUAAUACUCAUCGAUCCAGACAUUGCCGACAUAGUCGGUCUGGCCGAUACACGACCAACUCCAUCCGAAUCGCAGACCCACUCUCCACGUGGGUCACUUUCCAAUGGUAAAGCAUCUCCUCGUGACACACCAAACACGUCGCCCCGAAGUUCAUUGUCGGGCAAACACAACUCAAGUGGAAUGACACGAACAGCUUCGUCUCAUUCUAUGACGAGGAAUGCAUCGAACGGUUCGGCAAUGGUGUCAAGGACAGACGGAGAUGACUAUCCGUAUCAAUUGAAUGGACAUGACGAACUUGCAGCAGGUAACAUGCAACGAAGCAUGUCACGGAAACGGUCACCUUCUCCCUUGAAUCUCUCAAAAAGCCGUACCAACAGCAACGCAUCAAAUUCCAAUCGUCAUGCAAGCGCGAUAAACAAACAUGAUCUCGACGACACUUUUGGUACGUCUGCAAAUUCGAGCGCUCAAGUUAGCCCAGUGUCGUCUGAAAAGACCCAUUCCUGGACAGCAGUCGAGGAUGAGCGACCUCUUCCGGCGUUGGAAAAAGUCAAACCGCCCGUUAUGCCCUUGCCGUUUGAAGAUGAACUGGUGGAUAAUGAACCGGAAGAAUUGUCUGAUUUGGCCAAGUCGGCUUUCGCUUGGUCGAUCGAUGUCUUUGGAGAUCGAGUUAUUUCGUGCUUGCUAUCCAAAAAGUUCAAGCUUCGCGAGUCUGCACUUUUUGAGGUUACUCGAUUGAUUGAUAUCGAGAAAGGCGUCGGACUUACAAUUGACGAGAAGAUUGACAAGUUGGCUCUCAUAAAAGCUGCCUUCCAAGUAAUGGAGGAAGGGUUAAGUGAUACUCGUGAAAAGUUAAUCCUUCAGUCAAUUAAGCUUUGGGAUGCAAUAACAAAGUUCUGUGUCCUCCACAAGACACCAAAUUCGGCUACAUACAAAACAGUGGAGCAAACGUAUCCGAAACUCUUUGCAAAAAUCGCAGAUGGUAAUCCUCGACUCAAGCAAGCUGCAUCAGACUUGUUUGUAAUGCUCUGCACAAACUAUCGAACUCCAAAUCAAAUGCUCAUGUCUCAUGUAUUGAAGCCGGCUCUUACUCAGACGCAGCCCCCGAAACAAGCCAAGGCUAAAAUCGAAUUAGUCAUGCGAUUGGUGGACGAAUUUGGUGUUGCGCUAGUUCCAAAAGGAAAGUUUGAUAAGGAUUCCGCCAUUAGUUUGGAAGGCGUCAUGGAAGUAGCGGUUUCUUAUUUGAAUCAUAGUAAUGGCGACGUACGAGAUAGUGCCACGAAACUCGCCGCUCGAGUAUGCAGGUAUACCGAGAAAGAGAACGUUGAAAAGUAUCUCGAUGGAGUAAAGCCGUUGUUAUUAGAAACCAUAUGGAAACUAGUCGAAGAUCAGGGACCCAAUCGUCGGCGUAGACCGCGACAAGCACAAAUAGCACCACCAACCAUGUUCGAGUUGGACGAAGCCCUACUUGAAAAGCCUCUUGCCAAGCGUGGUACUGUAUCUCGGUUACAACAGCAACUAAUGGAAGCUCGUGCCAUGGUAAACAACGUAAACCACUUUGUCCAAGACGAUUAUGAUGCAUACUUGGCAAACAGCACGAAAUUAUUCAGACACGAAUAUCCAGACGAGGUCCAAAAACCGCCAGCCGCUGUGGAAAGCGCACCAGUUGAACCAAAAGUCGCACCACAGGAAGUCGAAAAGGUUGCCCCAGAGAAGAAAUCUUCUAGCGCCAAGACUGCCAAGAGCACCAAGAGUGCACCCGCUGCGAAAAAGACGGUCGUCAAGAAAAAAGUUGAUAGUAGUAAGAGCACUGUUCAGUCAAAGACUAGUUCCAAGUCAAGCGUGAGUGCUCGUGGUACUGCCUCUAAAACCCCGUCACGUCGUGGGUCUGCAGGAGAAAAGUCAUCAAGCAGGCCUUCAACAAAGACGACAAAUGGUAAAAGCGGCGAUUCUACAUCAAAGGCAUCGGAAGACGCGGGGGAAGAUGUUAAAGCUGAUGGAUUCUGCAUAUUCUGUGAUGAACAGAACGAUGAUUUUACUGAAGAGAACUUGAUGACGCACUAUUGGAACGACUGUCCGGUUCUUACAAAGUGUCCACUUUGUAAUAUUAUCCUUGAGAUAUCAACCCUUGACGAUCACAUGCUCACAGACUGUGACAAAUCCAAAUUUGUAAAACAAUGCCCACGAUGUCGGGAGGUAAUUCCGGCAGACAGUUAUCUUGAGCACAUAGCCAAACAGACAUGUAUGCUCAUUCCACCUCAGAUUGUUCGUUGUCCACUUUGUAAAACGGUGGUCCGACCAGCUACUGAAGCUGGAUGGAAGGCACAUCUGCUAGACGAAGAAGGAUGUCCCAAGAACAUAAGAAAAAGCACACCAACAGAGAAGAAGCUUGAUAAAGUAGACGAGACAUCAAAGGAGAAGAAAGAUAGAAGUAAGGCUAGCCCAGUUGGAGGGAGUAAAACGAGUAGCAGUAGUGUGAAGGCACCCACCAGAAAAAGUAGUGGAGUUAUCGGAAAGGACAAGGCGAGGAAACCCUCCGCGAAAGGUGGGAAGUUGAAGAGUGGGGUGUAA